ACUUACCGCUUUGUUACCGCGCCAUUCCGCAACUCAAUUACAUUAAACAACAGCGGCGAUAUUUACUUAAAGUCACCCGCAAAAGGACCCAGGACAAUGAGGACGCAGGCAGCGGUCAGUUGCUUCCUGCUGGUAUUCCACAGCGUGUGCUGCCAGAGCGGCAGCGAUGAGUACUGGGUGGAUCCGCAUCCCGCCUGGGCUGACUUGGUUCAGGAUUUCAAUCAUCCGGAUGGAUCCUGCCAGUGUCCUGCUAUCCCGGAGCGGUCUCCGGCAGCCGUAGAAGAUGCCCUGGCCCUCACAUACUUCAGAAAGUUCGUCAAUUUGCUGUUCCAACGCAAGCGUUUGCAGUACGAUGCUGAAUCGGCGCUCCACAAGCGAUCGUUGCUCUUCUCGCUGCUGCCAUCGCAACUGGAGGAGCUGGAAAAGGUGCAGGAUGCCCGGGAUCUGGACAUAUUGCUCACGAAGAUAUUGGAGUCAGCGGAGGAGGCUCCCUUGUUUGAGGGCAUGUCCGGAUGCUCCUAUGCCCGUCAAGGUGUUUUCUCCUUAUUGGUGGAUAUAUUCAAGGACAUCGUAGCGCUGACGAAAAUAACCGAGGUGCAAUUCAUCCUAUUUGCAACACUAGCCAUCAUACUUGGUUGCAUUGUGCACAAACGUUUCCGUUUCCGGGCAAUUUCAAUUGUUCUGGGAGGUAUUUUCCUGUGCGGAUAUAUUCACACUUACUUAGAGUGCAACAGAAAACUAGAUGUCGAAGCUAUGAUGGAGGUCAUGAAACAUCACCAGGAACCAAAGAGCUACGCGGAAUCAUCCUGGUUUGCUCGACUAAAGGGCUAUGUGAUGAACGCCUCGCCACAGGAAAAGCAAAUAGAGAUGCUGAGAAAAUCCUCCAAGCUCAACCUUUCAAUCUGCAUGCCAGAUCAUGUGUUCUUUAUGUAUAUGAAUGACUUGUUUAUCAAGCAAUUAGAAAUGUUGCUGGAAAAGGUAUCGGCAACCAUGACCAAACUGUCCGCUGGAUUGUCAUUCCCCUACAAUCUUUUGGCCCCUCUUCUUCUGGUGGCUUUGGUGGGCUACAUUAUAAAGCUAACUUUCAAAUACAUCAUCAGCCCCAAAGCCUGGGCUUCCCUUAUCCACAACAAUCCAACCCCGGUCGCCGCACCGAUGGCCCAGCAGUCUAUUGGUGCCCGGGAACCCGCCCAAGAUUGCAUAUCCGGCGACAAUUUAAAGAUGCUGUUAAAUGUCACAACAACAAUGCUGCAACAGUCACAGCAAACUCAACGUCCACCCGCCGUUUCGGGGGUCCAGGAGCUAGUAGAAGCGCUAGAAGCUCCAACGACACCAGAGAAAAAAGACAGUCUAGAUGUGAGCGAUUCCAGUAGCAGCAGAAGCAGGACCAGCAUUCCUGAGAAAAAGGAUAGUCUAAAUGUGAGCGAUUCCAGCAGCAGCAGAAGCAGGAGCAGCGUUCCUGAGGAGGAAGGAUUCACGCUGGUCGACGAUCACGAAGAUGAUGAUAUCGAUAAUGUGUAGCGGCCGGCUAUUUAUUUAAUUUGUAUUUUUAGUGUUAACAUGUCCGUGAUUUUUACCCAGUCAAUUAGAGUCCGUUUAUGCUCGGCAAAUAAUUCACAUUUUUCUUGGUUGAUUUGUCAUAGUUAAAUUUUUAUUUAAAUUAUUUUGCAUGUUCUUAUUCUCAUUUGCACGAUAAGUGUUAUUAAGAUAAAUCUUCAACAAUAAGAUCUUUUAAGUAGGCCACCAAACUGUUUAUAUUUUGCUUGUUAUUAUUACGCUGCCGGCCCUUCAAAAAAUCGGAUAUAAUUUCUAUGUAACUUGUUGAUCCUUUAUAUUUACAACUUGGCGCUCAGGCGAUUAUCUUUUAAUUUUAUAUUAUUAGCAGUGGGCGCUCUUUGUGAGUUGCAUAUUAAUUGAAUGUAAGCGAUAAUUAAAUAUUCGGCUUUCGAAUCUUGUAAAAUCUAAUUCAAUAUGUAUACAACUAAUAUAUUUAUAUAUCUAUGUAUAUAGAUCUAUAUGGUGUGUGUAUAUAUUUGUAAGAAAAAAUUAGAAAAGAAUUUCGGUGUAAAUAUAUUUAUUCGUUGUAUUUUAAAUCAUGCACCUAAAAUGUAUUAUGCUUUAAUUACAAUUCAUCGUUAUUAUAAUUUGUAUGCAACUAAGUAGUUUUACGCAUUAGUGAAAUGUACUGUAUGGAAAAUGCAAUCCAAUACACGGCACAUACUGAAUAUAUAGCCAAAACCCAG